AUGUCUUCAGAUUCAGAUACUACGCCAGUACCUACAAUCUCCCCUGAGUUUCAUGGAGAGACCAAACCAAUUAAUAUUACUUCCUCAACCGGAAAUGCCAAGCCUUCACAGCCCGACGUUCACCGACUCAAGCUCCCCACUGAACAUCGCGACAGUACUAUUUCUACUCCCGACAGCAUGAAGGUUGAAACUGGUAGUUCUAGCGAUGGAAUUGCAGAAGCUGUCAGCCCCGUUGAAGGCCUGCGCGCGAAAUCUCAUGGCGUCGCACACGAGGCCGAGGUUAACGGUAGCGAUGAAUCAUGGGAGGAGGUGAGGCAUGAAAGAACCCAAGCCUUAGAGGAAGGAACACAGGAUAAUAGACCAGUCUGGGUGGGCCACGUCGAAGAGAAGAAUGCGACACAGGAAGAGGAAGGUUCGGGAGAUAUUGCUCCGGAGUUCCGACCGAGAACUCCAAGACCUUAUGGCUCUCAUAGUGAAUGA